AUCUUGAAAAACCUUAUCUUUCCACUUCUACACUAUCAUCAACUCGGCGUCUUAGCAACAAUGGCUUCUUCAGUUUCUUCUCUUCAAUUUCUCUUUGUAACUCCACAAACCCUUUCUUCUCUGAAACCCAAUUCCACACCAACUUCAUUUUCCUUCUUCUCUCUUCCUUCGUCCUCUUUGAAUCUUUCUUUAUCAUCUUCAACCCCUUCUUCUUUUAUCAGGCCUUUUGAAUCUUCUUCUUUCGGCUCUCGGUUUAUUCGUAACGUGGCGUUAUCUGAAUUUGACCAAUUGGAAGAUGAUGUUGGAGAAGUAGAAGAAGAACCCAAUUUCUCUCCGGACCUUAAACUCUUUGUUGGUAAUUUGCCGUUCAGUGUUGAUAGUGCUACACUUGCUGAGCUUUUUGAACGAGCUGGAAAUGUUGAGAUGGUUGAGGUUAUCUAUGACAAGCUCACAGGAAGAAGCAGAGGGUUUGGUUUUGUGACAAUGUCAUCAAAAGCGGAAGUGGAAGCUGCUGAACAACAAUUCAAUGGAUAUGAAAUCGACGGGAGGGCAUUGAGAGUGAACUCUGGGCCAGCACCAGAGAAAAGGGAGAAUUCUUUUGGAGGUGGACGAGGUGGAAGAAGUGAGAAUUCUUCUUAUGGAGGUGCACGAGGUGGGAGAAAUUUUGAUAGCUCCAACAGAGUCUAUGUAGGAAACCUCUCAUGGGGUGUCGAUGACCUUUCACUUAGAGAAUUGUUCAGUGAUCAAGGAAAAGUUGUUGAUUGCAAAGUAGUCUAUGACAGAGAUAGUGGUAGAUCAAGGGGUUUUGGAUUUGUCACAUUCAGUUCUGCUCAAGAGGUCAACAAGGCAAUCGAUAGCUUGAAUGGCUUUGACCUUGAUGGCAGGCCCAUUCGCGUAAGCGCUGCAGAAGAGCGACCCCCCAGGCGUCAAUUUUGAAUGUGUUAAAAUACAUCUUUUUGAUUGGGAAAAACUUGAGGGCCUGGAAAUGAUGAAAAUCGCAACAAAGCUCACGAAAUGCUUGCAAUGGUCAACACCUGCUGCUACUUUUACACCAAAUUUGGUACAAAAAUUUUGGUAUCUGCAUCUAGACUAAUGAGAGUACUCAGUAUAUUUUGUUUUACUGUUUCUGUUCCAAAAAUUGCCUUGGGGAUAAAUUCUAACCUGUAAUAUUAUUAUAUCCAUUAGUUGAUAAUGGACUAGAGAAUGACAUGUUAGAUCACUCUUUGGGAUGUGUUA